AUGGGAAACAAAGGCGGGAAGCCGCGGCCAGCCUCGGAGGCCGCCGAGCCCGCCGCCGCGGUCCGCGACGAGGACGCACCGCCGCCGCUCUUCGCGGCGGACGCGGCCGGCCUCGGCGACGCCGCGAUCUCCCUGCGCCGAUGCGGCGUGGCGUGUGUUCGCGUCGACGACGCCGCCGCGGCGCUGCAUCGCGCCUGCUUCGAGGUGGCCAAGGACGGCAUGGACUCGUGCGAGGAAAUGGUGCGCGACGGGGACCCGCUCGUCCUGGCGGACUCCGCGGACUCCGGCCACGCCACCGGCGUCCACGCCGCGGGAUGGGGCUCUUCGUAUAACCAGACCCGCGAGGGAUUCGUCUUCAGCGACGGCGCCACCUUUGGCGUGCCGCGGGACGAUCCGUACGCGGCGGCGCGGUUCGAGGCGCACUGCCGCGCGAUGCACGACUCCGCCCUCGCGCUGGCACGCGGGGUGCUCGCGGCUCUCGAGCGCCACCUCGACGUUCCCACCGGCUGGUUCGAAGAAACCUUCGGUCCAAUCGCGAACAACUCGCAGUGGCACGUGAAGAGGUACCGACCCGAACGCGCCGACGUUCACGCGCGUUCAAUCGCGGGAUGCACCAAGGCUUCCAAAUCGGAGCAAAACGACAAGACGGUGCUGCUGCCGGUGCACACGGACCCGAGCCUGGUUUCAAUCGUGUUACACGACGCGCCUGCUUCGUCCGACGGAGCCGCGGGUCUCGAGUUUCUCUCCCAACAGGGCCGCGGCGUGUGGGUCGAGGUGCCCAAACACGGCCACGACGUCGCCACCGUGUUCGUCGGGAGCGUGCUGGACAGGAUCACGCGCGGCGCGUUCCCGGCGGCGAGGCACAGGGUGGCGGUGAGAGACCCGGGGUCUUUGGGUCUAUCGCGAGUCGCCGCGACUUUUUUCUGGAGGCCCGCGCCUAACGCGACGCUGAAGAUGCCGCCGUCGCGCUCGCUCCCGGACCCGGGGGAGUACAAACAGAUGCUGUUCAGCACGUGGUGCAAGCGAGUGGCGAAGCGGUACGAGGCGCACAAGACCCCGAGGCCGAAGGGGAAGAAGAAUGGGGAGAGCGGGGAGAGCGGGGAGAGCGGACCUGAGAAGAAGAAGGAAAACGUCGACCCAAAGGAGGAGGAAACGAGACGGAAGAACGUUCGCCGCGAGCGUCGACGACGGGAGAUGCCCCGCAUCAGCAGGGACCCCGACGCGCGCGACGAGCGCCUCGCACUCCUCGGCGGCCCGAUCCUCGGCAGGGAGAAGUACCUCGGCGGAGCGCUCGGCUCUGACGGUAAGAUUUACGCGAUUCCGGGGUUCGCGAGGCGGGUCCUUCGCAUAGACCCGAACGACGGCGGCGUGGAGUACGUCGGUCCCGAGUACCCGGGGGAGUUCAAGUGGCUCCGAUCGGUGACGUGCCCAAAGUCCGGCGCCAUCUACGGGCUUCCCUGCCACGCCGACACCGUCUUAAAGAUCGUACCCGGCCCGGAACCGAUAAUCACCGAGAUUGGCGCCGGGGAGAUUGGCGUUGGAUUGUGGAAGUUCCACGGCGGCGUGCUGUCGCCGCACGACGGGUGCAUCUACUGCAUCCCUCAGUUCGCGGAGCGCGUCUUGAAGAUCGAUCCGGCCACGGAUUCGUGCGAGCUCAUCGGCCCGGCGUUUCCCGGUCGCAACAAGUGGUACGGCGGGCUCAUGGGUACCGACGGGUGCAUCUACGGCGUACCCCAAAACGCCGAAUCGGUUCUGAGGAUCGACCCGAAGGGUCCGAACGGCGCGGAGUGCACGCUGCACGGGAAGUACCCGUCGGGCGGGUGGAAGUGGCACGGCGGGACGGUGGGCGUGGACGGCGCCAUCUACGGGAUCCCCGCGCACGCGAACACGAUUCUUAAGAUCAUCCCGGGGAAUCCCCCGCGUAUGACGGAGAUUGGCGAGAACCUUCGCACCGGGCGGCACAGGACAGACGGCAAAUACAAGUUCCUCGGCGGAGUCCUCGGGAAGGACGGAUGCGUGUACUUCAUACCCAGCGACAGCGACUACGUGCUGCAGGUCGACUGCGAGACGGACGAGGUCCGCGAGGUGGGCGAGAGCUUGGAGAAUGAACGGAUCGUGCAGAAUAAAUGGCAAAAUGGGUUUUGCGGCGACGACGGCGUCAUAUGGGGCAUACCUCUGAAGGGGGAGACUGUGCUCACGGUGAGACCCCCCGCGGUGAAAGGUGAGGGCCGAGUUGUCGUCAAGACUGUGGGCGGGCCGUUUCGGGGUUUGAACAAGUGGGAGGGUGGCGUGAUGAGCGCGAACGGCAAGAUGUACUGCAUGCCGCUCAACCACAAGAGGGUCCUCGAGAUUGAUCCAUUCGUCGGUGGGGUGAGAGCCAUCACGGCUUCGAUGGAGGGUAUGGCGGCCACCGCCGGGAUGAAUCACGAUUAG